AUGCCAGUGCAGAUGCUGUCAGCUAGAAAGGCACGAACCUUGGCGCUAGCAUCUCCCAUUCUGGGAUUCAUCCCCGCUCACGACCAGGCUCGAGGCGCCAGCAAGACUAGCGAGGGAGAAAAACUGGAUCUUCCGGUGCAGACUCCCCAAUUCUCCAUGUGGAGCCAUCAGCAAACACAAACGACACAUAGAGAGUUUGAGGGAGACAAUACCGCCAAGAUGGUGUCCAAGACGCGUGUCUAUAACUGGUAUAUCUCGCUCGUAGCCGCGAUGUGUAUGGUUUUAUACGGCUAUGACGCGAGUGUGUUCAACUCUGUGCAAGGAUCAAACAACUGGCUGAACUGGUUUGAUCUCGAUGCCAAGAAGGACAGCUACAUGAUCGGUCUGAUCAACACGGCAUACACGAUCGGCGCUAUCGUCGCCGGUUUCUUCCUCGGUGGCCCGACGGCCGACUACCUCGGACGACGAUGGGGCAUGGGCAUCGGCUGCUUCCUGACGAUCGUCGCCACAUUCAUGCAGACCUUCGCUCCGCGCCACGGCAUCGGUUGCUUCAUCGCCGGCCGUGUUGUCAUUGGUCUUGGCCAGGGCAUGGCCUUGACCGCCGGCCCCGUCUACAUCGGAGAGAUGUCCCCUCCCCAGAUCCGCGGAUACAUCAUGGCCUUCUGGCAGCUGUUCUACUCGGUCGGCUCCUUCAUCGCCUACUGGAUCAACUACGCCUGCUCCCUGCACCGCGACAAGCUCGGCGAGUGGGACUGGAAGAUGGUUGUCAUCUUCCAGAUCCUGGUCCCGUUCAUCAUCUGCAUCCUGCUCCCCUUCCAGCCCGAGAGCCCCCGGUGGCACAUCCAGAAGCGCAACGACAUCGAGUCUGCUCGCAAGGCUCUCCGCCGCAUCCGCGAGACGGAGCAGGAGGUCGAGGAGGAGGUCAUGGCCAUCCGCGAGGCCAUCGAGUACGAGAAGGAGGCCAUCUCGCACGGCUACGCCGCUCUGUUCAAGGACGCCUCGGUCCGCAAGCGUCUCUACCUCGCCUUCAUCCUCAACGUCGGACAGCAGCUCACUGGCCAGGGCACCCUCAACUCGUACAGCACGGCGAUCUACAAGAAAGUGUGGAAGAGCAGCCAGCAGAUCAACCUCAUCAACGCCCUCAACGCCACCUUCGGUAUCAUCUUCACUCUCAACGCCGUCUGGACUGCCGAUAGGUACGGCCGACGCUGGCUGCUUAUGGUUGGUGCCAUCGGUAUGGCUAUCAGCAUGUUGAUGGUCUCGGUUAUCGGCUUGACCACCCCGGAUGUCGAUGGCGCCAAGACCGAGCCUGUCGGUAUCGCGAUUGUCUUCUGCCUCUUCCUCUUCAUCUUCUUCUACAAACCCUCUUGGGGAGCCACUACCUGGAUCUGGACCUCUGAGAUUUUCUCAAUGAAUGUCCGCGCUCAGGCCGUUGGCAUGUGCUCGCAGAUGCAAAAUGUCGCAAACACCAUCUUCCAACAAUUCUUCCCCAUCUUCCUCACCAACGAAGGGCUCAAGUGCCUGUUCUUCUUCAUGGCCGUCAACAUCCUCCUCUGCUUCUUCGUCUACUUCUUCAUCCCCGAGACCAAGCAGAUCCCCCUCGAGGAGAUCGACGUCCUCUUCGGCGGCGCCAACCACGUCGACAAGGGCUCCCAGAUGAUGGGCGUGCCCGAGGCCAAGAGCGGCGCCCAGCACGUCGCCGAGAAGGACGGCCGCGCCUCCACCCACGAGCAGGAGCGACGGUCGCGCGAGAUUGCUGUCUAG